GAUCCAAAUGAAGAUACUGAAUGGAAUGACAUUCUGAGCCAUUUUGGAAUUCUUCCUCCGAAAUAAAAACUGAAAGAUGAAAUUGAAGAAAUGGUUUUACGCUUGCAGAAAGAAGCAGAAGUGAAACCACAUGAAAGAAUGAAUCUUGAAGAACUGAAGGAAGCUGAAGAUGACUUUGAUGAGGCCGAUAGGAAAGCUGUUGAAAUGUACAGGCAUUGACGCUUACAAGAAUGGAAAUGUCUUCAGAGGACGCAAAAGUAUGGGGAGCUGAGAGAAACUUGUGGAGAGCAGUAUGUAAAAGAAGUUACAAAUGUUCCAAAGGAUGUUUGGGUUAUAAUUCAUCUUUAUCGGUCAAGCAUCCCAUUGUGUUCCCUGGUUAACGAACACCUUGGCCUGCUAGCCAGAAAGUUUCCAGAAGUCAAGUUUCUCAAAGCCAUUGUGAACAGCUGCUUUCAGAAUUACCAUGACAGAUGUUUACCCACAAUAAUUGUAUAUAAAACUGGUGAAAUACAAGGCAGGUUCAUUGGUGUAGCUGAAUGUGGGGGAAUAUUUCUUAAAGUGGAAGAGCUUGAAUGGAAACUAGCAGAAGUUGGAGCAAUAGAAACUGACUUAGAAGAAAACCCAAAAAAGGACAUUAUGGAUAUGACGUCAGUAGGAAGUAUUUCUGCUCAUGAAGACACCAAUGCAAAAAGCAGUGAUGCAAUGAAACUGUGUAUCACUUGA